GUUUGUGCUGCUGGCAGAAUACUAGUCUGGUUCGUCUGUAUCCACAACACGUUGGGAGUAUGACGCAGGCAGUGCAGACGAAUGGGGUGCAACCCCUCAGUAAGACAUGGGAACUCAGUCUGUAUGAGCUACAAAGGACUCCACAGGAGGCCAUCACAGAUGGGCUGGAGAUCGCGGUGUCUCCCAGGAGCCUGCACAGUGAGCUGAUGUGUCCCAUCUGUCUGGACAUGCUGAAGAACACCAUGACAACCAAGGAAUGUCUGCAUCGCUUCUGUGCCGACUGCAUCAUCACCGCCCUCAGAUCAGGCAACAAGGAAUGCCCUACGUGCAGGAAGAAGCUGGUGUCUAAGCGGUCCCUGCGGCCGGACCCUAACUUCGACGCCCUCAUCAGUAAGAUCUACCCCAGCAGAGAUGAGUACGAGGCCCACCAGGAGAGGGUUCUGGCCCGCAUCUCCAAACACACCAACCAGCAGGCCCUGUCCCACAGCAUCGAGGAGGGCCUCAAGAUACAGGCCAUGAACAGGCUGCAGCGAGGGAAGAAGCACCAGCUGGAGAACGGGAGUGGGGUGGAGGACAACGGUGACUCCUCCCACUGCAGCAACGCCUCCGUCCACUCUAACCAGGAGGCGGGGCCAAGCAUCAAGCGUACCAAGACGUCAGAUGACUCUGGUCUGGACAUGGACAACGCUACAGAGAACGGAGGAGGAGGAGACGUGGCCGUGGACGGAGCCAGCGAGAUAGAACUGGUGUUCUGUCCUCAUCCUACGCUCAUGGACAAGGAGGACCCCGUGCAGACCAGUGUUGAGUUUGUUCCCAGGUACAUCAAGACGUCGGGUAACGCCACAGUCGACCACCUGUCUAAGUACCUGGCUGUGCGUCUGGCCCUGGAGGAACUGAGGAAGAACGGAGAGGCUAGCCCCGUCAAUGUAGACGCUGCCUCCGAGAAACAAUACACCAUUUAUAUCCCUACAGCCAACGGCCAGUUCACG